AUGAAAAUCUCCAAGAGAUUUUGCAUGCCUGAUAUCCCGAAGUACAAUGGGACAACAGACCUAAAUGAGAAUGUGACUGCGUAUACGUGUGCUAUUAAGGGCAAUGAUCUCGCCGAUGACGAAAGGGAAUCAGUACUACUUAAGAAAUUUGGGGAGAUUCUGUCAAAGGGGGCUAUGAUUUGGUAUCAUAACUUGCCCGAGCACUCGAUUGAUUCAUUUGCCAUGCUCGCUGAUGCUUUUGUUAAGGCCCAUGCUGGGGCCAUCGAGGCUUUCACCAAGGGGCUCAAUGCGAGGAGCUCGAUCAUAUCUAUAGAGCUAAAACAAAACUUGAUAGAGUACCCGGCAAUCGCCUGGGCUGAUGUGCACACCAGGUAUCAGUCGAAUAUCAGGGUCGAAGAUAAUAAGAUUCUGAGAGAUGCUUUAGUAUCAUGGCAUUCCGAUAAAGGGAGGGAUCAUUCGAGGAGAGUGGUAGAUCGGGAUUCCAGAUCAUCACAUGACAGGUACCAGCCUUACCCGCUCGAUCGAAGGGGGAACGGGCACAAUAGCGAAUCAGGAAAGAAUGAUAGGAGGAACGAUCGAAGGAAUGGUCGAGGUCAAAAUAGUCGUGGUUUGAUAAACAGAAAUGCUAUCGAUAGAGCUCCGGGAAACAAAGAAACUCCUACGUUAUCCGAGUACAACUUUUGCGUCGAUGUAGCAACCAUAGCGGCGGCCGUUAUCCGUAACAAAGAAAGAAGACAUUCGAGGCCAAUCCAAUCUGAUCCAGAGAAGCGAGAUAAAAGUCUUAUUUGUAAGUAUCAUCAUACUCAUGGCCAUCGGACCGAGGACUGUCGUCAGCUGAGAGAGGAAGUCGCUCGUCUGUUCAAUUUGGGACAUCUUCGAGAAUUCCUAAGUGAACGAGCAAAAACCCAUUUCAAGAACCUGGACUCCAACAAGCAGGAUAGGCCGGAAGAGCCUCAACAGGUGAUACAUAUGAUCAUGGGAGGAACUGACGUUCCCAUCGGGCCGGUUGUGAAACGCACCAAAAUUUCCAUAACGAGGGAGAAGCGUAUCCGGAAUGAUGACCCCGAUGGUCCUAUCACGUUCAAUGACGAGGACAUGGAAGGCAUCGCCCAGCCGUAUAACGACGCACUGAUCAGAUCAUACCGGCAAUACGGAUCCUCAACGGAUUCAACAUCGACGAAGGGUGAGAUCACUUUACCGAUCAAUAUGGCAGGAACUGCACAACAAAUAAAAUUUUAUGUGAUAGAGGGAGACAUGGGAUACAAUGCAUUGCUGGACAGACCGUGGAUUCACCUCAUGAGGGCGGUUCCCUCGACUAUGCAUCAGGUAUUGAAAUUUUCGACCCUAGAAGGUAUCAAAAUCAUCCGCGGUGAACAGCAGGCCGCAAAAGAAAUGUUUGAGGUUGAAGAAUCCGUUAAGAAUAUAAAGGCGCCAGAUCGGAACGAAGGGAAGGAUGCCAAAUAG